CACCCCAUCGUCGAUGACAUAGUGGCUCAUCUCCCUGACAUCACCAUAUGCGACAGUUCUAGACGUUUUAGAUCGAAAACCCCAGCCCAAGGACGCCUCCAAACCGCCGAUUACGAGCGUGCCUCACCACUCCUCGUCUCGGCCAGGGCAAAGGUCGACCUUGGCAAAGAGAAGAAGAAACCCUGAAAAAAAAACCCUAAGGUUUUAAGAGAAUUACCCUUUUUCUAAACAAUCUCAUUCCUUCUUUUUUUUUUUUGGUAAUUUAAGAGAUAAUAUCCAUGCCAAUGAGAUAUAAGUGUCUCUAGCAAUACACAACACACUGCCUUCAUAGCUUGCAGGGUUCCAAUGAGAAAUGGAGAGUAAACUAGAAUUGACAACUUACAAAGUCAAACGUAUUAAUGCAAAUUCCAAAAUCUAGUUCCUUCGUCAAAAUACCUCUGAAAGUAUGCACACACCACUACUCUUCGGUUUCAUCCCAUCCCAAUCUCCGGGCCUUGUUCAAUAACUACGUUGACAGAACCAAUGUCCACUCAUGGAACUCCGUCAUUGCCGACUUAGCUCGGAGCGGCCACUCUGUCGAAGCACUCGGAGCAUUCUCCUCCAUGCGAAAGCUGUGUCUCACUCCCAACAGGUCCACCUUCCCAUGCGUCAUCAAAUCAUCUUCGGCUUUGUCCGAUCUUCGCUCGGGCAAGCAAGCCCAUCAGCAAGCUUUGGUCUUUGGUUUGGAGUUUGACCUCUUUGUGUCCUCUGCUCUCGUUGACAUGUACUCUAAGUGUGGUGAAUUGAGGGACGCACGAGUGCUGUUUGAUUGUAUUCCUCACAGAAACAUAGUCUCGUGGACGUCUAUGAUUACUGGGUAUGUCCAAAAUGGCGACUCUCAUUCAGCAUUAUCGCUUUUUAAGGAGUUCUUGAUCGAAGAAGGUGGGAAUCGGGAUGUUUCUAUGGAUCCGGUCGUCAUGGUUUCGGUUCUAUCAGCUUGUUCUCGUGUGUCAGUAAAGGAAGUUACUGAAGGCGUUCAUGGGUUUGUGGUGAAAAAAGGUUUUGAUGGAGAUUUAGGCGUUGCGAACACUUUGAUGGAUGCAUAUGCCAAGUGCAGCGAGCUGCGUCUGUCUAGAAAGUUGUUUGAUGGAAUGUCUCAGAAAGAUGUAGUUUCUUGGAACUCAAUGAUUGCAGUGUAUGCGCAGAGUGGAUUCUCAGCAGAGGCUGUGGAAGUUUUCUAUGAGAUGAUAAAGGCUGGAAAUAUAAACUAUAAUGGCGUGACCUUGUCUGCUUUGCUAUUAUCUAUUGCUCAUUCAGGCACACUACGUAUUGGGAAGUGCAUACACAAUCAGGUUCUGAAAAAGUGUUUGGAAGAGAAUGUUGUGGUGGGCACUGCUCUGAUUGAUAUGUAUUGCAAAUGUGGGAAAAUGGAGAUGGCAAGGAAGACACUUGAUUGCAUGAAAGAGAAGAAUGUUAAAUCAUGGACGGCCAUGAUUGCUGGUUAUGGAAUGCAUGGUCGUGCAAGAGAAGCUUUGGAAGUCUUUUACAAGAUGAUUAAGAACGGAGCCAGACCAAAUUACAUAACCUUUGUAUCAGUUCUAGCUGCUUGUAGCCAUGCUGGUCUAGUAGAAGAAGGCUGGCGUUGGUUUUAUUCAAUGAAGCAUGAAUUCAGCACAGAACCAGGGGUUGAGCACUAUGGUUGCAUGGUUGAUCUUCUUGGGCGAGCCGGCUAUCUCAACAAGGCUUAUGAUUUGAUCAAUGAGAUGAAAGUAAGUCCUGAUUUUGUAGUCUGGGGUUCCCUUCUUGGAUCUUGUAGAAUACACAAGAAUGUUGAGCUUGGGGAGAUUUCUGCUAGAAAAUUGUUUGAGUUAGAUCCAAAUAAUUGCGGGUACUAUGUUUUGCUGUCAAAUAUAUAUGCUGAUGCUGGUAGGUGGGAAGAUGUUGAAAGGAUGAGAGUACUAAUGAAGAAUCAGGGACUGGUUAAACCACCUGGAUUCAGUUUGGUUGAACUGAAAGGCAGGGUUCAUGUAUUUUUGGUUGGAGAUAGAGAGCAUCCUCAACACCAGCAGAUUUAUGAGUAUUGGGAAGAACUGACUGUGAAGUUGCAAGAAGCUGGCUACACACCCAAUAUGUCAUCAGUUGUUCACGAUGUUGAUGAGGAAGAGAAGGAAAUGACCUUAAAAAUCCACAGUGAGAAGCUGGCUGUUGUCUUUGGAAUCAUGAAUUCUAUUCCUGGGACAACAAUACAGAUCAUUAAGAAUUUGAGGGUCUGCGGGGACUGUCACACCGUACUUAAGUUGAUAUCCAAAGUUGUUGAUCGAGAAAUCGUAGUCAGAGAUUUAAAGCGAUUCCAUCAUUUUAGUGGUGGUCUCUGUUCUUGUGGAGAUUAUUGGUGAUUUUACAGCUACAAAUAAUUUUUUCUACAAUAGAGUAGAGUCCUCAAAACAUUCUAAUUCAUCUAGUAGACUUGCAAACAAAUGACACAAGAAGUAUAUCCUCUAGUAGAAUAAAAUUCUCAACACAGAUUGGCACGAUCAAGACCCGGAAAGUGAAACUCAGAAACGACAAAUAUGAAGAGGUGACAAGUGGCAGUGCAUGGUCAGUAAAAGACACAUUAAUAGUCAAUAAAUACAUUGACUCCUCAGAGUUGUGAUAAAGUGACCCGGUAAACUGAUGAAGAGUUUUGACUGCUUGAGAGGUGUCAUGACCAGUCAAGUUGUUGCAUCCUACCAGUCACGACGUUGCUGCCCAGGAGUGACGUUACUGCCCAGAAAUGGCAUGCUAGAGGAGAGUGUCAUGUUAGACGAGAGACAUGGCAUGCUAGAGGAGAGUGCCAUGUUAGACGAGAGACAUGGCAUGCUAGAGGAGAUAGUCAUGUUAGACGAGAGACAUGGCAUGCUAGAGGAGAUUGCCAUGUUAGACGAGAGGAGUGCAUAUGUCCAGCAUGCAUGUGUCCGACCAUCACUUGCAUGUCCUACCAGCAUGCACAUGUCCUACCAGCAAGUGCAUGUCCUACCAGCAAGUGCAUAUGUCCAGCAUGCAUAUGUCCUACCAGCAAUUGCAUAUGUCCAGCAUGCAUGUGUCCGACCAGCACUUGCAUGAAUGGUCAGUAGAAGAUAUGGGUCGACCAGAUAGAGGAGGACUAACUCAAGAUUCCCAGAAACGGCUUCAACAAGAACCGGUCUUGGCACACGCGAGAAUAUCUCAUUUUUCCCCACAAAUUGGGUGUUCUGUUAAAUUUUGAAUAUUUUUGUAAUUUAAAUAUAAUAAGAAUAAUAAAAUAUCCCGAUUCUAGGGGAUAUCAGAUGUAUGAUCCUAAGCCUAUAAAUACAUAGUUUAUGAGAUCAGAAGGGGGCUUCUCCUUCUUUUGAGACUUUUGGGGAAAUUUUGGGUCUGAGUUUUCUAGAGAGAGAGUGCUUGUAUCUGAAAGAAUUCUUGUAUUUUUGUAAUCUGUACUGAAGAAACUCAGUUGGCUCAGUUCAUCUGAUCUUGAGUACAGAUCUAUAAUCAGAACUCUAAGUGGAUUAGGCUAUUACCAACAUAUUGGGGCUGAACCACUAUAAAAA